AGAAUGGCGGAUAAACAAGGACAAGUAAAAACUACUACCCGAAGUCUGAAAGACAGAGAACACAUGGUUUUGGCUAUGACCGGGAUGUCUUAUACCAUUACAGCAGGAAUAACAUAGUUUUGACUAUGACCGGGAUGUCAUUCAAUUGUUUAUACAAAGCUCAGGCGGCACAGACGCCAAGUAUCUCCGAGUUAACAGAACUUGCACAGGAGCUGGGUCUGCACUGCAAGGAUGGUGAACUGGAACAUUUACAAGAUCACAUGGGGGAGACACUGGCAGGAAGUUACCAAACUAUAAGUGACCUGGUUGCACCAACCCUUCCGGUUAAAUAUCCCAGAGUACCUGGCUACAGACCGGAACCUGAAGACAAUCAGUGCAAUGCGUGGUAUUGGAAAUGCAAUAUAGAGGGCGCUCCAGAAGGGAAACUGAAGGGUAAAACAUUUGGUAUCAAAGAUAAUACGUGUGUAGCUGGCGUUCCCAUGAUGAAUGGAUCGAAGAUAAUGGAAGGAUUUGUACCUGAUAUUGACGCUACUGUUAUUACCAGAAUCCUAGAUGCAGGCGGAAGAAUCCUUGGUAAAACAAAUAGUGAACAUAUGUGCUUUAGCGGGAGUAGCUGGACCAACGAUACCGGACCAACCUUGAACCCACACGACAAGUCGAGAUCUGCUGGGGGUUCCAGUGGAGGCUCCGCUGUAGCGGUUUACAAUGGUGAUGUUGAUAUGGCUAUUGGCGGAGAUCAGGGAGGGUCCAUACGCAUUCCUGCAUCAUGGUGUGGAAUUGUGGGGUAUAAGCCUACAUGGGGCUUGGUACCGUACACAGGAGCUCUUCCUAUUGAAAUUACAUGCGACCAUCUUGGACCAAUGGCCAGAAAUGUUCGGGACUGUGCUCUUUUGUUAGAAGUUAUUGCUGGAUAUGACGAAGGCCGCGACUCCCGCCAACCACGUGACCUAGAGGUGCCAAAAUACACUGAACUUCUUGAUGGCAAACUUGAGGGCUGGAAGAUAGGUUUGGUGACUGAGGGUUUCACAGGUUGUGACAGUGACGCCCAGUCUAUUGUACGAGAAGCGGCCCAGCAACUGAGCAAAGCUGGAGCGCAAGUGGAAGAUGUUUCUGUACCCAUGCAUACUCAUGGUUUCGCUAUUUGGUCACCGAUUUUCAUAGAAGGGACAUAUCAGUGCAUGGUCCGGGGAGUUGGUGCUGGAUACCAUUACAAGGGUUACUAUGGAGAAUCAGUUAUGACGAAACUUUCCCAUGGAUAUAAAAUGGAGGCGAAACAACUGUCUGAAACAAUGAAACUGGUCUGCAUGUUCGGAAAAUAUAUUGAAAAGGUUUAUGGAAAUCGAUUCUACGGACGUGCGCAGAAUUUGAACAUGAAGUUGACGAAAGCAUACGACGAGGCAUUGUUAAAGUAUGACGUCCUUGUUAUGCCGACAUUGCCGUAUAAAGCCCCUUUGCUGCCGAAAAAAGAUUGUACACUCCCAGAACGGUUGAAGAAUGCGCUUGGCAUGUUGAAGAAUACAGCACCAUUUGACAGUACAGGACAUCCCGCACUUACUCUUAAUGCGGGGUAUUCGGAAGGACUUCCGAUCGGAAUGAUGAUUGUUGGAAAGCAAUUUGAAGACGCCAAGGUCCUUCAAGCAGCGUUUGCGUUUGAACAGUUGCAAAAGAAAUAAACAGAGUGAAAUUCUAUUAACAUUUACUACUGAAUUUAUUUAGCUUUAUGAAGGAUUGCGAAUCUGUUCAUUUGUAUGUACAUACAUAAAUGUCUGUUUAAUAAAUCCAAGAUUUAUUGUAUCAGAUCGAUUUAGACGGUUAUCGCGCAGUGUUUUUUUUU